UACUCGCUCCCGCCCGGAAGCGCACAGCGCGCGGGCUUUCCGUGUCCAUAGCAACGGGGCGGCCAGAGGCGGAAGUUCUCUUCCUUUGGCGAACCAGGAAGUGACGCGCCGGAUCCGGGUGUGCCCGGUGCGGAAGCGGCGGGGACAGCGAUGGAGCUGAGCGAGAUGCCUGUACAACAAGUCCGAGUACAUCGAGACGGCCUCGGGCAAUAAGGUGAGCCGUCAGUCCGUGCUCUGCGGCAGCCCAGAACAUCGUCCUCAACGGAAAGACAAUAGUUAUGAACGACUGCAUCAUCCGUGGGGACUUGGCCAACGUGCGUGUGGGCAGGCACUGCGUGGUGAAGAGCCGCAGUGUCAUCAGACCCCCCUUCAAGAAGUUCAGCAAAGGGGUGGCUUUUUUCCCUCUGCACAUUGGUGACCAUGUCUUCAUAGAGGAGGAUUGUGUUGUCAACGCUGCCCAGAUUGGCUCCUACGUCCACAUAGGCAAGAACUGUGUCAUUGGCCGUAGGUGUGUUCUGAAGGACUGCUGCAAGAUCCUGGACAACACAGUGCUCCCCAGAGAAGUUGUGCCUCCUUUCACUGUCUUCUCAGGCUGCCCAGGGCUCUUCUCUGGGGAACUCCCAGAAUGCACCCAGGAGCUCAUGAUUGAUGUCACCAAGAGCUAUUACCAGAAGUUCUUGCCACUCACUCAGGUUUAGUAGCCCCCUGGUAGCCCGUUUGCCACGUUCCAGAGCAGAGGAGGCAGCCAGGAGUGUUCUGGGGGCAGGGGCAGAGCUGUGGGGCAGGACAUGGCCCCCCCAUUCCCCUGUCACCCCCUGUCACCCCUGUGCCCUCAGCAUUUGGGUGUCCCCCAUUCCAUCCUGAGUUGUGCCAUUCCCUGUCCUGGGGCAUUCCCACUGGGACACAUCCUGGCUGCAGGGACAGCCCAAGCCCCCCAUUCACCUCGGUUCUGACCCAAAGCUGGUGGGUGUCCCUGUGCCUGCACCCCUGGGGCUGGCAGACCAGUUCCUCACCAGGGAACCAGUCAGAACCAGUGCUUUCCUUCCCCAAACUCUCCAUUAGGUAUGCCUGUGUUCUGACCCGCAGGGGUCCCCCCUCUCCCUGGGGUUCUGUCCCAGGGGACAGGACCCCCCAUCACCCUGGCGUGACAGAGGUGACACAGAGCUGCCCGUGUCC